AUGAAUCGUCUGAAGAAUUUUAAAGAUGAAGUACGGACACUGAAGAGCCAGAUUUUUAAACAGAACACAGAGAGCGGCUCAUCACAGAGGGGGUCUGGGGGGAUUCCUCUGGCCAGAAAGCUGUGCUAUGCUGCCGGCGGGGUCCCAUAUCAAGUUACCUCAGUAGCCGUAGGUGUGUCUAUGCAGAUAUUUCUACUGGAUGUUGUUCAGAUGGAGGCCUACUAUGUUUCCAUCAUUUUGUUCGUGAGUCGGGCCUGGGAUGCUGUGACCGACCCUCUGGUGGGAUAUCUGGUGACCCGCAGUGAGUGGACGCCCAUAGGAAAGCUCACUCCCUGGCUGGUUCUCUCCACUCCGUUUGCCGUCUUCUCCUAUCUGCUGAUGUGGUUUGUCCCUCGUGGCUCCAUGUCCCAGGGCCUCAUGGCUCUGUGGUUCAUCACAGUGACCUGCCUGUUCGAGAGCCUCAUGAGUUGCUACAACGUCCCCUUCCUCUCUCUCAACAUGUUCCUGGGGGGAGAUCACAGAGACAGAGACUCUGCCACAGCCUACAGAAUGAGCGUAGAGAUGCUGGCCAUGCUGUUGGCGUCAGUGAUACAGGGUCAGGUCGUGGCCGUGUACAACACAGAAAAGCAGGAGGCCUGUGACAACGUGGACCACAAUCCUGAAACGCCACAGAGCACAUCUUCACCACAAACGGCAUCUCUAAGGGAGACGGAGAAGGCUUUCCUGACGUCAGCUCUGGUCAUGGGGGCUCUGUUUUUCCUGAGCAGCAUGGUUCUCUUCCUGGGGGUGAAGGAGCAGAGGGCUCCUCUCAGCUCUGACGACAAAGUACGCCCCUCUUAUCUGGCCUCACUGAAGAUGCUGGUAUGUCACAUCCCUUAUCAGCGCCUGGUGCUCGGCUUUGUGUUCAGCAUACUUGCUUUUCAGAUGUCCUUGGGUAAUUUUGCACUUUUUUGCAGUCAUGCGGCUGGGCUAGGAGCCCAUUUCCAGCAUCUCUUACUGAUUCUACUGGGUUCUGCCUCCAUAGCGGUUCCACACUGGCAAAUGGUUCUCCUGACUGUUGGGAAAAGGACUACGGUUUUCAUCGGACUUUCACUCUUCAUCCCAGCUGUGAUUGUAAUCGCCUGUGUUCCCAGUAGCCUGCCAGCUUUCAUGAUCAUGUGCGUUCUGAUAGGAUUCAGCGUUGCGACUUUAUUCCUGCUACCCUGGUCCAUGCUUCCAGAUGUGGUGGAUGACUUUGCAGUGAAACAUCCGUCCUGCAAAGAUCUGGAGCCUCUGUUUUUUUCCUGCUAUGCUUUCUGCAGUAAGCUAGCAGGAGGCCUGGCUGUUGGGAUCUCAACCCUGACCUUACAGUUCGUGGGCUACAGGGCAGGCGCAUGUGAGCAUGGUGAAGGAGUGGUGACAGCUCUGAUAGUGCUGUUCUCACCUGUUCCCAUCGCACUUCUGCUAAUCGGGAUGGUCUUUUUUUGGUCCUACCCGAUCAAGGAGAGGCAGCAGGAUCAGCUGAGCACAAAGAGCGAUAUUGACUUCUACAUUUAUGCUGAUGACACCCAGAUAUAUGUGGCAAUCUCACCUGUUGGCUAUGGCUCUAUAGACUUGUUAUGUUACUGCUUAGAGCAGAUUGAGUAUCGGGAUCCAAAGACUAAGGGCCAAGUUUGCCAGAAGCUCCACCCUCCUCACUGGGCACGAGAGGAAACGGAGAGCAGCCAACAAUCCCUCAGCAGCAGUCAGAUACCUCACAGUGUUACCUCAGUCAUGAUAAGAAAUGCUCAGUCAAGUCAUCUGUCCGUUCAAAUGCAUCAAAGAGCCUCUCUGGAGAGCACAGCGGGCCUAAAGCUGUUGUCCAAUCAAAUGAAAAUCCUCGAUGUCAUCAGCAGACACUCAGCCUUCACCAUCACCCAGAAGAGGAAACGCUGA